AUGUCUUCAUUCACAAGACUUCAUCGUGGGUCCCCCAUCAUGUCUGCACUGAGAACAGACUGCGAUCAGCGCCGCCCACGGAGGUUCGCACCGCUCAACCCGAAACAGACGUCAGAUGCGCCGCCGCUGAAGGGGGUGGUCUUUGAUGUGGACGGGACUUUAUGCCUACCGCAACACCACAUGUACACCGAAAUGAGAGCGGCUUUGGGGAUUGACAAGUCCAUCGACAUCCUCCACCACAUCCGGGACCUCCCCACGCCCGAGGAGCGUGCAGCCGCCGUCACCAAGGUGCAGACCGUGGAGCAGCGAGCCAUGCUAGAGCAGCAGCCGCAGCCGGGCCUGGUACGAUUAAUGGAUUAUUUGGAAUCAAGGGGACUGAGACGGGCACUUUGUACGCGGAAUUUCGAGGCCCCAGUACAGUAUCUCAUCCAAAACCACCUCCCAAGUCAUGUCUUCCUCCCUAUUAUUACUCGUGACACGCCCAAGCUACUCCCCAAGCCCGAUCCCGCGGGCAUUCUACACAUUGCGCAAGAAUGGGGUUUGGUGAAUCGCGCAGAGAAUGUUAUUAUGGUCGGGGAUAGCAUCGAUGAUAUGACGGCCGGACACAUGGCUGGCGCGGCUACGGUGUUGCUCUUGAACGAACGCAACGUCCACCUGAAAGAACAUGCACAUACAGAUCUGUGUAUUAGACAGCUAGAUGAUCUGGUCGAUAUCUUGGAACAGGGAUUUCCUGGCCAUUGCAGCGAUGAGCACCUGGGUUGA